AAUAGCCUUGAUUCGGCAGGCAAAUGCUGGACGUUUUAGAGUCGGGUGAGAGAUUCUUGAGGCGUAAAAGGACACAGAGGGACCAAGACUGUGAAGCAACGUCCGUCAGGGCACUGACUUACGCCGAGAACCCACAAAUGGCGGAAAAAAUAUACAUCUGUUCUUAUUGCGGGCAAACGUUUCAAGGGACUUCAGCCUUCCUGGUGCACGAGCGGAGUCAUAUAACAGACCGAAUAUACAAGUGCUUGGAGUGUUGGAGAACGUAUCAUUGUCUUUCUGACUUCCAGAGACACCAGAAAAGCCAUGCAGGAGAGAAGCCCCAUCGAUGUCCCUUGAACUGUGUCAAAUGCUCCGGUCGGAAUGCCCCCCUGUCCCUGCACCAAGUAGCCCGUCUGGCAGAGAAGUUCGGCUCUGAGAGCGGUGAACAGGAUGAAAGGCCGGUGGUGUCCGCCCAGGAAGCCCAAGCUCAGGCCCUCCUGCAGCGGGACCCGAAAUCUGUGCCAAGGUGGCAGUCAGUGAUCUACCUUGGCCAGGAGAUGGAUUGUUAUUACAGUGGCCAUCUUCAACAACAUCGAACUACCCACACAGGGGAGAAACCUUUUGAAUGCUCAGAGUGUGGAAAGAGAUUCAGUCAGAGUGGCCAUCUUCAACAACAUCAAACAACCCACACAGGGGAGAAACCUUUUGAAUGCUCAGAGUGUGGAAAGAGAUUCAGUCAGAGUGGCAGUCUUCUACAGCAUCAGAGAACCCACACAGGGGAGAAACCUUUUGAAUGCUCAGAGUGUGGAAAGAGAUUCAGUCAGGGAUGCACUCUUCAGAAGCACCAAAGAACCCACACAGGGGAGAAAUCUUUUGAAUGCUCAGAGUGUGGAAAGAGAUUCAGUCGGAGUGACAGUCUUCAGAAGCAUCAAAGAACCCACACAGGGGAGAAACCUUUUGAAUGCUCAGAGUGUGGAAAGAGAUUUAGUGAGAAUAGCAGUUUUCGAUGUCAUCAAAGAACCCACACAGGGGAGAAACCUUUUGAAUGCUCAGAGUGUGGAAAGAGAUUCAGUCACAAUAGCAGUCUUCACCUGCAUCAAAGAACCCACACAGGGGAGAAACCUUUUGAGUGUUCAGAGUGUGGAAAGAGAUUCAGUCGGAAUGGCAAUCUUCAAGUGCAUCAAAGUACCCACAGAAGGAGAAGCAAUGUAACUGGAGUUACCAGGUGAACCUUGUGGGGCACAAAUUCCCCAAUCCAAGUUGUCCCUCCCACCCCACCUUUAGAUUCUCACAGAGAAUAUCAGGAGGGAGAAGUAGGAUUCCCUCUUCCUGCUCUGAACGCUACCACCGCCACCACCUGUGCAUGUGCUGGAAUCUAUCUGGACUAAGCCAUGGGCGAAGGUGUGCUCCCCCCACAUAUUUCUUCUCAGAGCCCCUCCUUGAAUUCCUCCAUUGAGAUUGGGCCGUUAUGGCACCAACUGGGAAAAUUCUCUUUCUGUCUCCUUACUUUAUUUUGGAAAAUAUUCUCCCUCGUUCCCAGAGGCUUAAUGUGCGUGGAAACGGGUAUCUGAAAAGAUAAACAGCAUCCCGUGAAGCCUCUGUUAAAAGGGACACUUUUUCUCUCCAGGUAGUUGGCAUCCCUAGAUUAAUUGUUUCUUUAUGAAUCAGGGAAAACAAAACUUGGCUAAGGAAGAGUCA